AUGGCUCCCAAGAACGCCGCCGCCUCGUCCAGCCUCGCUCCAGGGCAUAUCCAAGCUGACCGUAGUAGUAGACGCAAUGUCAAGCCAACACUUCGCUCUACUACCAUCGAUGACGCCGGAUCUGCGAGUGAGUUUGAGGAGGAAAAUGAUCAUGAGGUCCCAUUAUCCCACCGGACUAGGAAAGCUAUAGAUGCUCCUGUUGUGAAUGAAGAAAGUCGUUAUUCAUUGAAGCAGCAGGAAGUCGCUAACAACCUCCGAGCCGAGACCCAGCAGGCAUAUCUCACAUCGCGAUCCCUUAAUUUGCUUGAACCUGCUGAUGUUGAACUACUGAUGCAAACAUACAAUCGUCGUGGAAUAGACAAAGCAAAGAUCAAUGAAAUGAAAGCUGGAUUCAAAAAAUUUGGUGUUCUGGGCAUGGUUCCAGCAAAUUUCAUCUCUAUUGCCAUGCCUGCUGCUGCUCUAAAAGGAGUUCGCCAGAAAACGGAAUUCGCAAACCACCCACCUCUCCUUCAAAUCAAGGCAGCCCAUCUGCCAGAGAGUUCAUCUCCGGACCAACCGGCGCGCUUACCGGUGAAGGUGGUCAACGGGCAGCACCGCAUUAUAGCAAUUCAACAAUAUCUUGCAGCAGACGUCAAACUCCUCAAGAAGAAGCGGGCUGCUCUGAAGGCAUGCUCACAUCGCGAUGUGAAUUCCCUUCGACAGCUGGAUGAUGACGUAAAAACGUUGUCGGAGAGAAUUAACAACCAGGCAAUAUGGGGUGUUCGUAUCUAUGAUGUCGAGAAACUCGACGCCGAUGGUGCCAGAAUAGGCCGUGUCCUGGCUCGUAACGACCACAUGCCACAAUUGGCGGAGACACCAGACGAACGUCUAGACGCCCACCUGGCAGAAUUACAUUCUCAUCCGGUGGAGUCAGUUGAAUAUUCCUCGAAGUUGAAUGCAAUCGUGCGUGAACAUAAAGAUCGCAAGGGACCGCGUGCGUCUCUCAGCAACAUGCUCAGCCCUAUCGUUAGUAUUCCUGAGGCCAUGGAGGCCCUGCAAUACAUUAUUCCAGGGCGGAAGCACUUUGCCGAGAGCGGUCUUUUUAAAGUCAAACAUUUGCUGAAAAUGAUCGAUAUUUAUAUGGGGCUCGUCCUUUUGUACAUCCGGCAGUCAUGGCGACUGCUUGGUGCCAUUGGAUCCUUAGACCAGUUCAAUGGUGAUCGCAGCACGAUUGCCAAAUCGCGCCCCGAUUGGGCUAUUUGGGACGAUGAACUCCUUGCCGCAAUUGAUGUGGUCUUCAAAUUAGAGAUUGAGAAUCCUGUGGACAUUGGCAUGAAUACUGAUCAAGCAAUCAUAGAGCUUGACAGAUAUCGACAAGGUGUUGUUGCGGCCAUCUCCCAAAGAUAUGCGACUGAGAUCAGCAAGCAUUCUCCAAUUGGUGUACACGCUAAAGAUGUAGUGGAUCGUGUAACGCUUGUUCUUACGCCAGCUCCUGCGCGAGAACAUGUGCCCUUCCCGCUCGUCACUAUUAGCAUGGUGCAAUAUGUUGUUGAAGCGUUUGGGCAGUACACCGACGCACUGUUAGAGGUGAGUGUCAUGGGUUAUCUUGCCGAUGCGCAUCAUUGUGCCAUUCGGCUGGACAAAUUUGUCUCGCGGUGCAUUGAUCCUUUGGUGGACUAUCGUCACCACAUCCAGGAUCCUUCACAUCGUGAUGCGUGGGUGGUUGCACUCCGUGCGUUUCGCAUGCACAACAAUUGGGCAGAUCAGGAUGCAGCUACAACCAAACUCUUCGAAUUAGUGUGGCAGGAACGAUUGAACGUAUUAACAUUUUUGCAAAUAACGAUAGCAGAGACCCCGAUUGUAUACACACGCCAACGUACUCUCAAGCGAAAGGAGAUUCAGCCUUGGCUCACUGGCACUGGCGAGAAUUCAUGGCAUACCGCAGAGAACCCCCUCGUCAGCUUCUACGGGUUGCAUGACCUGUCCACUCUUGUCCCCCUCAUCGACGAGGCCAAAUUAUUAGGCCCCUUCAUGGCACGUCGGCAAUCAGGUGUCUUUCACCCCACGCCACCAAGUGUCCAAUCAUCCCAUCUGCGGCUCAUCGUAUCUACAGCAUUGCCCUGGUGGCAAAAUGUCUCUAAGGACGCCAAACGCAAAGUCUGGCCAUUCGUAUUGGGAGCCUAUUGGGAGCAAGCGUACAUUACCGAAGUUCGCACCCAGAUGUUGACUUCAUCUGUGGUUGCAUGGCGUCGUCGAGUGAGCCGCGAACUCACGGUACAUAUGUUGGUGACCCCCGGGCGUCAGCAACAAUUAUUCAUUUUUGCUGAUCACGUCUCGAUUCCUGAUGAGCCAAUACCUGAUCCAGCUUGGAUGGUAUUGUCAGGUUCUCCUACACCCUCGAGAGCCGAGAUUGCUGCAACUCGGCUGAAGUUUCAGCAGUCUCGUGCAAAUAGACAUGCAGCCAUUCAACACGUGGUAAAUGCAGUCGAAGAUUUGCCAUUCGUACGAGUUGGUGCUCGCUCAGUGGAUCUAGCGGUGUCAAACGCGCUCAAUCAUGUCAUUGAUGUGUUGUCAUUCGUCGCUGCUCGGGCUGAGCAACGGGACGUAUCUGGUGAUGCUGUCGCUUCCUUACCCUCUGGAGCCUGGUUGCAGCCUCGAAAUUCUUUCUGGCGCCGACCUUCUGCUCCUGACGAGAGCACCACAUGGCCCUCGCACCUUGUGGCGUCACCAGUGCAAGAAGCAGAGGCAAGCCAAGGGAGAUCUCCUGCCGUAUCUCAAUUUAAUUCGCCGUCACCACCGAGGGGCAGUCCUAUGGGUGACGUUUUGCCUCGCCCGCUGUCAGUGGAAUUGCAGUCCACUUCCAUGCCGCCUUCACCCACUCAGCCUGGCCCAUACGUGCCUGAUGGUGAGCCCUAUGAUCCUUAUGACUAUCAUAGCCAGACGGACAGAAUGUAUAUUGAGCACGAGCUCCUCCUUGCUGGAUCGCAGACGUCUUCUAUGAGCAUGAAUGAGGUAGAAGAUACGCUUGGUUGA